UUGGGAGGUACACCAGUCUCAAACAUGGAUGAAUUACUCGGCCUUCUGAGAAUUCACGUCAAGCGUGGCGUCAACCUCGCCAUUCGCAAUGUCAGCACCAGCGAUCCAUACGUCGUCGUUAAGAUGGAUAAACAGAGGCUCAAGACUCGUGUGAUUAAAAAGGACAUUAACCCUGAGUGGAACGAAGAUCUUACGCUUUCUGUGACAGAUCCCUCUGCUCCAGUGAUACUGACCGUGUAUGAUCAUGACACUUUCUCCAUGGAUGACAAAAUGGGAGAUGCGGAAUUGGAUAUCUCACCGUAUAUAGAAGCCGUGAAGAUGAAGGUGGAAGAUCUUCCGAAUGGAACCAUAAUCACGAGAAUACAUCCGUGUAGACAAAACUGCCUGGCGGAGGAAAGUUGCGUGGUUUUUGAGAAUGGUAAAGUGCUGCAAGAUGUUGUUCUGAGACUAAGACACGUGGAAAGCGGUGAGCUGGAACUUCAAUUGGAAUGGAUUGAUCUUCCUGGGGCCAAGGGAUUGUGAAUUUUCUUUAAGAUUCAUGCCUGCUUCCUACGCCAAAAAUUUCUUCAACUCUACUUAUAUAAUUUCAUUUUACUUUUUUUUCUCCCAUUUCUAGUGUAAUAUUGUAGGCUUCACGAGAGGCCAGCCAAUCUAUGGCGUUUUCCACUCAUAACAUUGCUUA